AUGCGUCUCAGCGAUCUGGGUCGUAUGUUGCCCUUCGCAGCAGCAGCUGUAGCUUUCGACUGCUCACCGGCAGCGUUCCAAGCUAUUUUACCUACCAAUGCAUCCGUGGCAUUCGCCUAUCCAGUGGCAACGAAUGCGACUUUCCAGGUGCCAUCCGGCGAUGUAGCAUAUCCAGUUUCACCGGCAAAGCUACCUCAACUUUGCGCAGUACACAUCCAAGUUGCCUCCAGUCGAUCUUCGCAUUUCGGCUUCGGACUCUAUCUACCACAGAGCUGGAACGAGCGUUUCCUGGCCGUCGGGAACGGCGGCUUUGCAGGUGGGAUCAAUUGGCUUGACAUGGCUGCUGGAGCCCACUAUGGCUUUGCCACUAUUUCCACGGACACUGGACACAACAGCACAUCGGGCGACAUCACAUGGGCGUUGGACGAGCCAGAACGUGUGAUUGAUUGGGGCUAUCGUGCUAUGCAUGGAUCGGUCGAGCUUGCCAAGCAGGUCGUCGAGCAAUACUAUGAUUGCAAGCCGAAGUACAAUUACUAUUCCGGCUGCUCGACUGGGGGACGACAAGGCAUCCGAGAUAUCCAACUCUACCCAGAUGACUUCGAUGGUGUCCUAGCGGGCGCUCCUGCGUGGUGGACGAGUCACCUACAGACGUGGACUGUCAAGAUCGGCCUCUACAAUUUGCCGGUGGAUGCGCCGCACCAUAUUCCUGUUUCACUGUUCUCAGUCGUCGGCGCUGAAGUCUUGAAGCAGUGCGAUGGGCAGGAUGGUCUAGUAGACACAAUCAUUAGCGACCCUAGAGGCUGUGACUUCUUUCCAGAGGCACUACUUUGUGGACCGAAUAUUACCAAUCAGACGGCAGCUAAGUGCUUAAUGGCUGCACAAAUUGGGACUUUAUAUCAGAUCUACAACGACUACGUGGACUGGAAUCAGACCUUGAUCUUCCCGCAUCUCGAACUCGGCAGUGAGGCACAGUGGCCUUUCCUGCUCGCUGCAAGUGCUCCGAGCAGCUACGGCGUACAAUACGUUCAAGACAUGGUACUGAACGACUCAAGCUGGAACUUUUGGGACUUCAACUACACCAUUGUCGAGCUUGCCGACAAGAUUCAGCCUGGAAACGCCACCGCAUACGACUACGAUCUUUCUCCGUUUCACAAGCGUGGCGGAAAGCUUCUGCAGUAUCAUGGCCUUUCGGAUGCACUUAUUUCUACUGGAAGUAGUGUUUAUUUCUACAAAGAAGUUUUAAAAACGCUCGUGCCGAAAGGUAUCGAGCUGGAUAGCUGGUAUAGAUUCUUCUUGGUGCCAGGCAUGCAGCACUGUGCUGGUACGCCAUCGGAUGUCAAUGCACCCUGGUACUUUGCAGGCGCCAAUCAAGCUGGGGAUCUGGGUGUCGAGCCUGGUAGCGUGUACUCCGUCCCUGGCUUCAUGGACGCCAAACACGAUGCGCUCCUUGCCCUGAUGGCUUGGGUCGAGCAUGACACUGCCCCUGACCAGAUCGUCGCUACCAAAUGGCACAACGACACGCUCACAGACUCGGUUUUGAGGCAGAGACCGCUAUGUCCGUACCCGAAGCAAGCAAAGUACUCUGGACAUGGCGAUCCGAAUGUGGCUGAGAAUUGGUCGUGUCGAGACAUUUACAGCAUGACAAUGCAACACCAGUAA